AUGGAUCCCCAGUUCCGACAGAGUUGGCCAGAUGACAAUACACCCGCUCUCGAGGGCUGGGCCGGCAUCAACAUUCCGACCCAGUGUGCGGUUUGCAGCAAUCCAACCACCAGGCAGUGCUCCGGCUGUGUCAAUGGGCUUGCAUAUCCCACUCCGGGUCUUAGCAACGUUUAUUAUUGUAGCCGUGACUGCCAGCAAGUCGACUGGCCAUGGCAUCAGGAACUCUGCAGCAGGUUGAAGCUGCGAACAAAGAUCCAUCGGAUUGCAACCCUCCUGAAAGCAGUCAUGCUUGCGUACCGAGAGAUUGUCUAUGAUAUGGACAUCACCGACAUCACAAGCAAAGAUGGCAUGUUUCGGUUCAUUCAGAUCAACCACACAGGCAACAAUUGUCUGCACCGCGUGCAUGCUCCUUUCCCGAACAACAUCACCACCAAUCCCGAGCACAAGGAAGUGGCUCUGCUUUUCGAACAAGGCACGGCAGCUAUGGCUCUGCUAAGCCGCUUGACCAAAAAGCUCCUCAUAGGCCUGGACGUGACGCUUGUCCCAAUGGAGAUACUCAUGAAAAAGCCGAAGGUGCCAGCCAGAAUUGGUCCAGGCCGAAUCCCAGAAUACUUCCCACAUACAGUCUGGUUCAUGGAAAUAAACCGAAGCGGCGAGGUCUGGAUUCUCGACCCAACAGGCGCCCAAUAUGGAAUCCAAGAUGUGUUCGUUCCCUGGAAACAUUACAUGAAUGAGUAUGAAUGCUGCUUCAUCGGCCACUACCCAUAUCAUAGGACGGAAACAGGGGAUCUGGAUUAUUUCGCUACACUCCCACAGGCGAGAAAACUCGCAGCCAAGAUAGCGGUGGAGCGACAGGCCCGCAUCGUCUUCUCGUCAUUUGUCGACUAUCUGGUGAUAGGGAACUUGCUCGAUGUGUCGGAGCCCGAGUUCAAGCGGAGGGUGGAGGGAUUUCUGGAGAAUCUGAAGGAACAUAUGAGCAGGUAUUUCCACUACAAGGAAGCAAAUGCGUAG